AUGUUCCUUGGUUAUGCCGAAGACACCAAGAAAUACCGAGUUUACGAUUUGGAGAAAGACAAGAUAUCAGUAUCACGGUCAGUGAAGCUGGACAAGCGUGAAGUGGGCGGCAUUUAUGAGACUCACUCGCCCAAACAAGUAAAAUUGAUACACGUAACCAAGAACAACGACGACAGCGCAGUGUCCGGGCCGACAAAACCCGAACAAGAUCAAGAUAAGCCUAUGGAGUGUGAAGAAGAAAAAGAAAUUCCAGACGCUCCAAUGAAUGAGGAGGAGUUUGACAUAAAUGGGCGUACACGCAAACCAAUGUUAUUAUUGGAGAACGGAUCAGUUACCGAAGAAAGUUUGGAAGGAAGCGAAGGACCACCAUCUCCAAAGCGUGCAAGGAUUGAUGGUGACGGCCUUAUAGCUGAAGCUGUUCUCGCUUACGCUGUAAGUGUUGGUGAAGAAUCGGACUUGCCUACCACGUAUGCGCAGGCAAUGGCAAGCGACGAAGCAAAAAAAUGGCGACCUGCGAUGGACGCCGAAUUAAACUCGCAUCGCCAGAACAGAACAUGGACACUCGUUCCGCGAGUGGACAAAUACGGCGUAGACUUUUUCGAGACUUACUCUCCAGUGGCCAAUAUGUACUCAAUUCGAGUUGUACUCGCAGUGUAUGCGGUACUAGACUACAAAAUGGAGCAGCUGGAAGUCGACACCACCUUUUUCAACAGUGUGUUGUCGGAUUGUGUCUACAUGGAGGAUCCGAUCGGUGAUUAG